CUCCAACGACCAGGCCCCGCCCCUCGAAGAGACCCAACGGUCAGACCCCGCCCCCGAUGCGUGCGCGGCACCGCGGGGACGUGCGGACACCCGCGGAGUUAGCGGCUGAGGUGGCAGUGGUUACGCCAACAUGGAGCUGCCUCAGAUGCCGGAGCUGAUGGGUUUUUCGCUGUUGCUCGGGCUGCUGGCCCUGAUGGCGACGGCGGCAGUAGCGCGGGGGUGGCUGCACGCUGAGGAAGAGAGGCGCAGCCAGUCCGCCCGUCAAAAAGCAAAUGGAUUUCCACUUAGCAAAUCAUUGGGAGCCAAGAAGCAGAAACAGCAUCAGCGGAUUCGCAAGGAGAAGCCUCAACAACACAACUUCACUCACUGCCUCCUGGCUGCAGCACUGAAGAGCCACAGUGGGAACGUAUCUUGCAUGGACUUUAGCAGCAAUGGCAAGUACCUGGCCAGCUGUGCAGAUGAUCGCACUGUCCGCAUCUGGAGCACCAAGGACUUUCUACAGCGGGAACAUCGCAGUAUGAGAGCCAAUGUGGAGCUGGACCACGCCACCUUGGUGCGCUUCAGCCCUGACUGCAGAGCCUUCAUUGUCUGGCUGGCCAGUGGGGAAACCAUCCGUGUCUUCAAAAUGACCAAGCGAGAAGAUGGGGGCUAUACCUUUACAGCCACCCCAGAGGAUUUCCCUAAAAAACACAAGGCACCUGUUAUCAACAUUGGCAUUGCUAGCACAGGGAAGUUCAUCAUGACUGUCUCCAGUGACACCACUAUUCUCAUCUGGAAUCUGAAAGGUCAGGUGCUAUCUACCAUCAACACAAACCAGAUGAGCAAUACACAUGCUGCUAUAUCCCCUUGUAGCAGGUUUGUGGCCUCAUGUGGCUUCACCCCGGAUGUGAAGGUUUGGGAAGUCUGCUUUGGGAAGAAGGGGGACUUCCAGGAAGUUGUGCGAGCCUUUGAACUGAAGGGCCACUCUGCAGCUGUCUACUCCUUUGCUUUCUCCAGUGACUCCCGGAGGAUGGCCUCUAUCUCCAAGGAUGGUACAUGGAAACUAUGGGACAUAGAUGUGGAAUACAAGAAACAGCAGGAUCCCUACUUGCUGAGGACAGGCCACUUUGAUGAGGCAGGCACCAUGCUGUGCCACCUAGCACUCUCCCCUGAUGCCCAGGUCUUAGCCUUGGCCAUUGGCAGCAGUAUUCAUGUCUAUAAUACCCGGCGGGGUGAGAAGGAGGAAUGCUUUGAGCGGGUCCAUGGGGAGCGUAUCACCGACUUAUCCUUUGACAUCACUGGCCGAUUUCUGGCCUCCUGUGGCGACCGGGCAGUACGGAUCUUCCACAAUACCCCUGGGCACCGGGCAGUGGUGGAGGAAAUGCAGAGCCACCUGAAGCGGGCCUCCAAUGACAGCACCCGCCAGAGGCUACAGCAGCAGAUAACACAGGCCCAGGAGGCCCUGAAGAGCCUAACUACCCUGAAGAAAUGACUCUGGGAAGGCAUGACAGGAGGGAUUGGUUACUUGCUCCCCCCAUUGCUGCUACUUGUCUUUCCCAGGUACUUCCAGCUGGAAAGGAGUCACCUUAUUUUCUUUUUGGCGGCCCCUCUCUUUUUCCCAUUGAAACUGCUUUUACUUACUUAGUUCCCUCUCUCUCUCUUCUUGCUGGUUGUGACUCCUCCCAGACUGCUAAGGUGCUGCUUUUUUCCUGGGCCCAAGGGGUGGAAUCUGCUCACCCAGAACCCAGGAGAGUGGUAGAGAAAAGAGAGAACAUAGUUUUCGACCUUGUGGUGACUACCCUGAGGCCUUAAAAGUUUAUAAGUAUGGAGGCAAAACCAAGGGAACACCUAGAUUAUUAAGCAAUUUUACAAGGAUGGGUAAUUUGGGGUAUCUUCUAAUUACAGCACUGUGGUUUGGGGUCAGGGGAAUGCUAGUUUUAAUCUACUCAAGGCUCCUAACUCCAUUAAAAAAGUAAGUAAGAGAUUUCAUUCUGAGCCUCAGUUUUCUUAUUUGUAAAAUAGAGAAUAAUCCUGUGACCUCCUUGUAAAAAGGUGGGAAGCUAAGAGUAUCAAGUCUCUAGUUUUGGAAGAACGGAAAAGGAUAGUAAUAUUGUCCAUUGUCAUUAACUACUAGGUAAAAGUAGGAAUCAGUGUAGUUUGAAACUAAAUUAGAAAGAAAGAAAUACAUUCCUUGGGAAGGUGAAGUUUUGUGGGACUUGAUCAUAGGUUUUAUAUAGUUCCGCUUUAAGUUGUGUUGAUGAAUCAUAGAUUCCCAAGGUGGGGCUCCUCUUUUUCAGGAGGUUUUUCCUUUUCAAGGACACCUUUUUUUCAGUUUGUAAGAUAGUUGAGGGCUAACUCUGUGCCCAGCACAGCACUAGGCCUGGAGAUAAAUAUGAAUAUGACAUGGUUUCUGCCAUCAAAGAUGGCUGGUGGAAGAGAGAGAUCAGACACAUCUGUUAAGUGCUUUCUGUUAUUCAUAGUUGCAGUAGACUGUUGUAAAAGUCAAAGCAAGAGAGGACUGAAUCAGGACAGGCCAUGGGUAUCAAGUUGAAGGGAUAGUUUUGAUAAGAGAUUAGGUGUUUGGAAGUUUGAAUGUUGGAAUUUGAGAACUGCAUGGAUGUGGGAAGUACAAGAAUGAGGAAUCUAGGGAGACUUGAGUCUGGGCAAAAUUUUUUCUGAAAGUCUUAUGAGUCUCACUAAAACUGGUACUUUCCCUUGUUCUCUCCAGCCUAUAAAUCAACAAGGCACAACCUUGGAGUUAUCCUUCAUUACUCCCCUUUCUCUGCCCCCCUCUGUCCCACCACUGCUGCUGCCAUCCACUCAUUAGAACAUUUCUUUUGUCAUGCUUCACAUUACAUUCCUACUCUGCUGCUUUUUGUCGCCAUCUUUUCUGUUAUCAUCCUGGUCCCAGCUACUGUCACCUACCGGACCCACUAUGAUAUCACUUCCUAAUUGGUGUCCCUGCUUCUUCUGUUGCCUCAUUAAAUUACUUUUCUAUGUAGCAGAAUGAAUUUUUUUGAAAAUGUAAACCAGAUCACAUUAUUCCCUAGUUAAAACUCUCCAAAGGCUUCCCAUCACACGUGGGAUAAAAUCCAAAAUUAUUACCAUGGCUUGCAAGGUCCUAUGUAAUAUGGCUUCUUCUUCUGUGACCUUUUUACUACCAUCACAACCACCCCAACAUUGCUAUACACUGAACAAGCCAUUCUGUUUCCUCUGCUUGGAACUAUUUUUCUCUUUUGUUGGCAGACUUGUCGUGUAAGUCAUAAUCCAGUUCUCGUUCGCAGUUUCACUUCAGAGAGAGAUUCUUCCUGACUGCCCAAUCUGAAGUAGCCCUUUCCACCAGUCAUAAUCAUAUUCAUCACCAUUAGCUUUUUAGGUUUAUGUUACUUAGUGCUAUGUGAAGUUAUCUUAUUUGGAUAUUUGUUUGCUUUAGGAGUUUCAGCUUAAACGCUUAUGGAGAUCAGUGGGUAAUAUAGUGUGUGAAUUGGACCAUGGUCAUCUGGGUGUUAAGACAGUAGGAAAUGGUGGGGACUGAGGGCUUUUGUCGUGGGUGUGGGAUAGGAGAUGGUUGCUACUUAUUAUUCAAGGAAUCCAGCAGAAGUUGCCUGUUGUAGAAAAGCUAGAAGUUGGCAAAUUUUUUUAAAUUAAGCACCCUAUAGACCAAAUAAAACACUAAUGUGGGCCAGAUACCAUCUCCAUCUUUCAUUAGCAGCUUCUUCCCACUGGAACGUGAGCUCCACAAGGGUAGACUCCUUGAAUGUCUUACUCGCUCUGUGUUCUAAACACAGUACCUGAGACAGAGGAAGCACUCAAUAAAUGUUGAACUCAAACCAGGGGCAGUCAACAGAAAUUUUGGUAUCCUCUCUAUGUAUCUUUCCCUCACUCCCAGUCUCCACUGUGGUUUCAUGUUCCUGUUAACAGACUUCUGACUGAUAAUGCUCUGUACAUGAGUCCUGGUGAAUAUUUACCUUCUGAUUGUCAGAAGAAUGAGACUAAAAAGCUUUUUCUUUGCAUGCCAGUUUUGAGAAGCAGCUCUGGCAUUACUCCUAUCAUUUAUCCAAGAGAGGAAAUGACCAUAAUGUUGUUUCUAAAGUCAUAUCUUCAGUUUCAAUUUCAGUGAGUUUAUUGAAUUGAGACCUAUAGUGAAGCACAGUAGGUCACUUGACCUACCCCUCUGAGUUUGUUUCCUCAUCUGUAAAAUGGGAAUAAAUCCUGUUCUACCUACCUUGCAGUGUUGUAUUUCUAAAAGGAUGUGUGAAAACACUACAAAAGGUCAUUAUACAGACUUCUGAGGACAGACUGCUCCUCUCACUAAUGAUGAGGCCAUUUCCCAUGGAGAGAGAAGGUAUCUGGCUAUUAACAUAGAGCAGAGGGCACCAAGUUUUAUUUGAUUGAAAAUCCUUGUAUGGAGGGCAGCGCCUGUGGCUCAAGGAGUAGGGCGCCAGUCCCAUAUGCUGGAGGUGGCAGGUUCAAACCCAGCCCCGGCCAAAAACCAAAAAAAAAAGAAAAUCCUUGUAUGGGCACCUCAUAUCCAAUGUUACUUGGGUCUGAGUCUUCUGGGAAGAUGUUCUUACAGGAAAAAAAAGUCCUUACUUGUGAAGGCAGCAUUAAUAUUUUACAAUUACUCUUUCAAAUUCUGUGGGUUUGAAAUUUUUCAUAAUAAAAAGUUGGGGAAAUAUUUGUCUUUUUAUCAUUUUUAUUUUGAAUCAUUUAUACCAAAAGGGG